UGUCUGGGAUUGGGAUCCUAUGAUGAGCUCCAGUCCCGGGGCUUAGACUUCAUGUCUAUUCUCAAGGAUCAGGAGAGGGAAGCAUAUAAUAAGGCAGAGGAGGAGGAGAACAGGGAAAGACAACUGAACAGUUAUGACAGCAAAUUCAAACUUCAAACAACUUCAAUGGAAGAGAGUUUGACCAUUAGAAAUGUAACUGAAGUGGAAAACACAGAACCGAAAAUCGCUGACGAGGACAGGGAAACGGGUUCCGUGUCUAACGAAGUAUAUUGCACAUUUAUUAAGGCAGGCGCCGGACCAUUGCUAUUUUUCACCACUAUUUUAUUUACGAUCAUCGCUCAAACUAUUUAUCACGGAUCGGAUUAUUUUUUAACUCAAUGGACUGACAAAAAUCAAAACACGAAUACAUGUGAACAGAACAGGGAUGCGAUUAUCUACUCCUUACUGAUGGCCGCGCUGUUCAUCGCAUCCCUAUUGAGAGCCAUCACAUGGUUUGUAAUGUUUAUGAGGGCUUCUGUUAAUCUCCACAACAGUAUGUUUUAUCGUCUAUUACGGGCCCCGAUGUAUGUGUUUGAAAAUAACCCAGAUGGUCGCAUAUUAAAUCGCUUUUCAAGCGAUCUUGGUAUAAUCGAUGAACAACUGCCGGAAACAGCCUGGGGCGUUAAUUUGGCCCUGACACAAGGUAUCGGUGGAAUAAUCAUGAUUGUGAUCGUCAACCCAUACUUAAUAAUACCAGCAUUUGUCUUAAUUGUAGUGCUCAUAGCAGCUAGGACUAUUUACAUAAAAUCUGCACGAGACAUUAAACGGGCCGAAGGUUUAACUCGGAGUCCAGUGUAUUCACACGUGAGCACUACACUUAACGGGUUGGCCAGUGUUCGGGCCUUUGGGGCGCAGGAAAUGUUUGAAAAACAAUUUUACGUGUACCAAGAUGAUCACUCGGCCACCUGGAUGCUCGACUUGGAUAGUUGUUCUGCAUUUGCUAUACUCAUAGAUGGUCUAUGUUUUGUAUAUAUUGCAAUUAUAUUCGCGGUGUUUAUGGUAUUUCCCGAAAAGUUGGGAGCAGGAGAUGCGGGACUCGCUUUAUCAUCAGCCCUAAUGUUGACGGGAAUGACUGAAUGGGGAAUCCGUAAGUCGGCAGAGAUGGAGAGUGACAUGACUUCAGUCGAGCGCAUCAUUGAGUACUCAAAACUACCGCAAGAGGCGGCCCUCACAGCGCAUGAGAGCCGCAAACCGCCCGCCGAUUGGCCACAGAGGGGACGGAUAGAGUUCAGAGAUGUGAGCCUAUACUACAAGGGAUCGGACGAACCGGUGCUCAAGAACUUGAAUUGCGUUAUAAAAAGUGGAGAGAAGAUAGGGAUCGUCGGACGGACGGGCGCCGGCAAGUCGUCCAUCAUAUCGGCGCUGUUUCGUAUGGUUGAGCCGAAGGGGGAGAUAGUAAUGGAUGGCAUUAACACGGGAUCAAUAGGUUUGCGUGAAUUGCGGUCAAAGAUAUCAAUCAUACCUCAGGAUCCGGUGGUCUUCACGGGAAGCGUCAGAAAAAAUUUGGAUCCUUUCGGCGAAUACAGCGAUCAAAACUUAUGGAGUGCUUUAGAAGAGGUGCAGCUGAAGGGGGCGGUGGGGGACCUCCCGGGCCAGUUGGACGCCCAGUUGGCCGAAGGGGGCGCUAAUCUGAGUGUAGGUCAGCGGCAAUUGGUAUGUCUGGCGCGGGCUAUACAUUCUCCAAAAUACUUGCCUGAUAAUAAUUUAUUCAAAAUAGUUGACACUUUCAGUAAUUGUGUCUGGAUUUUAAUAGCAAUGGCGUUUACCAUGAAGGGCAAUACGAAGAUUGGCAUGCACUUGAUCCAAAUUAUAAGCCAUAGGUGGCUUACCAGAUAUAUUUAUUAA